AAAGCUAAAGCAGAGAGCGGUGAAGGUAGUGGGAGUUUCACAGACAAUCUGUUUAAUAGCAGAAGUUGAACAUGUUGCUGGUGUGUGAGAAGCUCCGUGAGGCGGACGAGAAGGGCAGGAGGUACGGACUAGCCCGUGCGGAGACAGACUACCUCCGUGCCUUGGUGGACGCCAUGGCCGACACGGACAGGCUGGCGGAAGUGGAGCUGCUCAAAACUCUGGGCGACGUGAACGUGGAGAAGGGAAGACUCGGGAAGGACGUGGGGAAGUUCAACACGGCCUUGGCGCUUUAUCUGGCUUCUAUGGUGCGGUGUUACCAUGAAGAACAGGCAGAUGGUAUAGAACACCGCUACCACUACACGGAGAGGCUUUUACAAGGGGUGUCGUCACAGGAUAAGGAACAGCCAACAGAAGACAAGGAGACGACUACACCUUCAAAGGUAGCGGAAAAGUUCCGAGAUCUGGACAAGAGACGGGCAACCGGUGGUAAUACAGACUCUUUGCUGGUUGGAUACGCACAGGUGAUGGUAGAGGCGAUAGUAAAAGACAACAGCAUGUUAGAAACAGAAGCGAUCAAGAGUCUGGGUGACGUGUACCUGAAAAGAGGAACAGAAACUGGGGACACUAAAAACUUGACCGGAGCUACUGCUCUGUACAACAGGGCACUGGCACGGUGUCACAACGUUCAUGGAACAGUUGUCAUUGUUCACCGCUUACUGCACACCGCAAAAAUCAGGCAUGACAUCACUACAACAAGAAACAAGAUUGCAACACGUACGCAAAAACAACAAGACGUGAGAGGACGGAAGGACCACUUCUCUCCCUUCUCAGCUGCGCCCUCUAGCGACGGAACCACCAGUCAAGUUGACGACGACAUCUCCUACCGCAGGUACAUCCAGACGGCAGACCGUGACUUGGACAAUGGAGACCUGGACGCAGCAGAGCAGAACCUAGCAGCCGCCCUGAAGUUGGUUCACGAUCGCAGUAAACCCAACAAGGCUAAAGAAGCCGACUGUCUGUGCAGGUUGGGUGACGUCUACGUUGAGCGAGGUAUGCGGACAGGAAAGGGUAGGGCAUUCACACAGGCGGCAGCUCUGUAUAACGCCUCCAUGGCUCGGUCAGAUGGAGACAAACAAAACAUGAUAAGAAAACUGCAAGAAACAGAAAGGCGGUUUCUUAGAAACACAUGUAACCUAGACUGUGAACCGUGUACGUAUAGCAGCGCGUUAGAUCACAUGAAGGAACUCGACAACUCGCGCGCCCGUGCAAAAUCUCAGCUCAAAACAGUUCAUCAGGAACACAACCCUUAUCAGUAUGAUGAAGACGACCCCGUCGUGAGAGAGGUAGAGAUCAAACGAGCUGAAGCAAUCAAGAAUUUGUUCAAGAGCAUCACAGCUGGAAGACGAGAGUUUAUCCAAGUACUGACAGAUGAAUGCAUCGCCAAACUCGGACCUCCUCCCUGUAAGUACGCUUACAUCGGGAUGGGGUCACAAGCCACAGAACUGGUGACGCCGUACUCCGACCUGGAGUUCGCCAUUCUGAUUGAGGAGGGGAAGGGUGAUGAUGAUACACAGACGUACUUCCUAAAUCUCACACACUACUUACAUCUAAAAGUCAUCAACCUUGGAGAAACCAUUCUCCCAGCCAUGGCCAUCCCGUCACUCAACGACUUUCUCUCAGAAGACCCAGAGAAAGACUGGUUCUAUGACUCCGUCACACCUCGCGGCUUCGCCUUCGACGGCUUCAUGCCAUGGGCUUCUAAGACUCCGCUUGGAAGAGACAGAACCAAAGCGAAAGAUCCCGUUAGUCUCAUCCAGACUCCUGACGAGUUGGCCAAGUAUCAGAAUAUCAGAAUUGCCCUGGCGGAAGGCUAUCACCUGUCAGACAUCCUCAGACGGGUGACCUACUUAACAGGAGACGAGUCUUUGGUAGACGAGUAUACAAGCAUUGUCAACGAAAGCGUAGACCGUUCUCCUGUUUUGUCACGGUUGUCAGCAAUGCUAAUACUAAAGGAUGAUAUUGGACAAAUAGAAAACGUUGAAGCAACGGACCAACUUCUGGAUGUGAAGAAAGAAAUCUACCGUUUUCCCAGCGUGGCCGUUGAUGUGUUGAGUACUUGCUGUGGUAUCACGAUCCCCAGUGUGUGGGGAAUGAUAGAAGAGUUACACAAGACACAGCGGAUCAGUGACGAAGAUGCCCACCACUUGACUGUAUUGAUCAGCAUCUCAGCGGAGCUACGGUUAAGAACGUACAUUGCCAACGGAGGACAGAAGGACAGACUGUCUCCUCUCAUGGAAAUGAAAACCCGACUGGACAAACAAGACGUAGAUGACACCAUCGUUGAGUCAGUUUUCCACAUACCGGACUCUAAAAUGUUGUUCAGGUACUACUACACUGCCAUUCCAUUAAAAAGAUGUAUUAUCUAUACAGUUCAAAUGGAAAAUCAAACCACAAAGAUAUUCCCAUCAUCAGCCAUCUUUGACAUGUCAUCUCUAACCAGGGGUGGAAUAACAAAACAGCUGCUGCAGUUUGACGCAUCCGUACGUUACUUUGAGGCAGCACUGGAAGAGGCGGGCGGCGACGAGAAAAAGAAGUUAGAAAUACUUGUUGAAUUAGGAAGUGUCUCGCAAAUGCGGGGUGACUAUAAAAAUGCGAUCAGUUACUUCAAACGGGCACUUAGCUCUCGAAAUACUAUUUAUGCAGACAACGAAAUGCGUCCCGUUCUUUCCUCGCUAUUUGCAAACAUCGGGCUAUAUUGGAGUCACAUUGGUAAUCAGAGAAAGGCUAUCGGUUAUUUCGAACAGUCCAUGAAGAUGACAAAAGCUAUCUUUGGAGAAUCAACGCCACAUCCUGACAUUGCUUCAUCACUAGGCAACAUCGGGUCAUGCUGGAGUGCCCUUGGCAAUAACAGGAAAGCUAUCAAUUAUCACAAACAGUCACUGAGAAUGAGGAAAGCUAUCUAUGGCGAAACAACGCCACAUCCCGACAUUGCUGCAUCACUAAACAACAUUGGGGCCUGUUGGAGUGACCUUGGUGAUCAGAGGAAUGCUCUCUCUUAUCAUGAACAGUCACUGAAGAUGAAGAAAGCUAUCUAUGGCGAAACAACGCCACAUCCUGACAUUGCUGGUUCACUUAACAACAUUGGGGCAUGUUGGAGUGACCUCGGUGAUCAGAGAAAAGCUAUCAGGUAUCACGAACAGUCGCUGAAGAUGAAAAAAGCUAUCUAUGGCGAAACAACGCCACAUCCUGGCAUUGCUGAAUCGCUAAACAACAUUGGAAACUGUUGGUGUGACCUUGGUGAUCAGAUGAAAGCUAUCAGAUAUCACGAGCAGUCACUGAGAAUGAGGAAAGCUAUCUUUGGCGAAACAACGCCACAUCCUGACAUUGCUAAAUCACUAAACAACAUCGGGACCGUUGGAGAAACCUUGGCGAUCAGAGAAAGGCUAUCAGGUAUCACGAACAGUCACUGAAUAUGGGGAAAGCUGUCUUUGGUGAACAAACGCCACAUACCGACAUUGCUGAUUCACUAAACAACAUUGGGGCC